AUGCAUUCUGUCUAUUGGCCACCAAGUCCUUGGCUGCGAGAUCUCUCUAACCGCCCAGGGGUCAACGACGAAACAGAUAAGCGCCGGGGACUAAGAAGACGGGAUAUGCUCGUCAUUGUCAGUGGUUUAUUUUUGGAACAAGACUCCUCAACGACGACGAUUUCUCCAAAGGCGGGACAACGGGGUGAGCGGGUUGCGCUGGCACAUUUUGGUAAGACGCAGCAGUGUCGCAGGCCUCCCAGAAGCGCGGGGGUUAUAUGGGUUAUAUCGGUUCGCUUCACCGCAAAGCUCGCUAGGCCGGUGCUGGUUCAAAUAGUUAGUGGCUUGGAACGGGUGGCCGGCCCUGGUCACAGGAAAGCCCUUUUGGAGUGCGGCAACAUCCGUCAGCCGACGGAAUACACCGAGGGCGAGGGCCGCUCGACGAGGAUAGGGAACUUUUGUCAUCGUUACAAGCACCAAGGCCGCCACCCCCCUCGCAAAUGGCGCAUCCCCCCCUCAACGGCGAACACAACUUGCUCUUUCUUUGUCGGGCGGCAGUCUUGGAACCGAGGCGAGGACCGAACAAGUGUAACUUCAACCUGCGAGUGUUACUGGCGCAAGUCCACCACCAAAAAGUCGCUUACCGUGAAGACGCCUCGCGGCAGCACAACGGCAAACUCGCGAGCUUCCCGUCAAACCGGCAACAGACCAGCCGCUGGCAAACUCGCCCUUGACUCUUUUUUUCCUGACUCUCACGGUGCCGGAAGAAUCACCUGUUUUCGGAUGCUGGGUAGUAUCCAGACGAGGGACCCCUGCGAGGGCGUGUCCAAGAGCCUAGAGGGCGCGCCGACUCUGCGCAGUGGUGAUGCGCCACAAUGGAGGGGAGUGCGGGAGCGAGAGCCUGGUUGGGGCUGCACUGUCCACACCAUCCAGACGCAGACUUGGCUUUCCCUAGCCUCGUUUUUCGUCGGCACCCGAAGAUGGAGGCCGGCGAGAGUUCCUUCCAGUGGACGGGCAACCUUUGGCGCUGACACUGUAACUAUCGGCUUUGUUGCAGCGAGUGCUGUGCACACCACACCCAGACGCAACCAACAAGACUGCCCGACCCUUGGCCUUCGAGACAGCCGCCGACCGGAGCCAUCACUGGCCGACGACAUCCAAGGCCUGGACGCUUCGAGGGCCACCAGCCGCUCGAUGGCCGCGCCACAAUCCUCACCAUUCUCCGCCUUGGUAUACUUUGUGAUUCCACCUUGGCCGCUUCGCGCGUGGCCAUGUGGCAAACCCAUGGUUUCGUGUAUCAGCAUCAUGGGCCCCUCAUUUAUGCAGCCAUGCUGGGCGAGAGAAUUCCUAGACCACCCAUAG